AUGUUUGACGACGACUCUUUUUCCUUGAACUCGCACAACAUGGCUACUGGCGACGAAUGUAUUGCGAGCCACUUUCUGGCAAACGAUGGUUUCGCAUCAUUGUUCGACACAGGUUUCGACUUCGGUAGGAUCCUCAUGUCCAUGGACGACGACGACGUCGGAGGCAGCUCUAUUGGCACGAACCUUUUGUUUCUACCCAUUGAUAAUAUGGGAUUCGACGUCCUCGCUGACGACAAUUACUGUGCCCACCCUGAAUCCACGCCACAUUCUUCCACCAUUUCGCCCAACGACACGGUCUUGUCAUUGCACGCGCCGCCACCUGAGGUAUCUGUAACAGUGAUGAUGGCCUCCGUUCCACCAAGCAUGUGGCAAGAUGACGCGCAACACUCUCCAGAUCCACGCGACAUGUACGUGUCUGCCCGACAUCUCGAGCUGUCAGUUGUUCACGAGAAUGUGAUGGGCAAUCUGUAUCAGAACCGGCUCCGACUAGUAGUAGGCGCGAGAGAAAAGCAAAGGACUUCUGAAAACAGCAACGUCAGAAUCUCUGUCAGCAAAAAAUGGCGCGACAACAUGAUAUCUUAUUGA